AUGAUGCUACACAAUGCCAAACUUUCAACCCCAAACGCCAUAGAGCCACCGCAGCACAGCCGGCGAACCGCCGCAUUAGCCUCUCAGUCGCUCGAACGAAGCUGCAAACUAUCGCGCCGGAAUCUAAGUAAAUCCUCGCUGCUUCUACUCAUCGGUACUCAAACUACUCUGACGCCAUUGUUCGAUCUCUCCAAAGCCCAAGCAGAUACAAUCUCUCCCGAAAUCGAUAAUUCAACAAAUUGCGGAGAUAGAGUUCCGACGAAGAAAGCAUUUCUCGACGUAUCGAUCGACGGAGAACCAAUCGGGCGGAUCAUCAUCGGUUUAUACGGAGACGACGUGCCGGCGGGGACCGCCAGAUUCAUCAGCAUCGUGAGCGGGAAAGCCGGAAUCAGCUACCGGAGAAAAGAGUUCGUGAAGAUCAUGCCAGGCUACGUCCAGCACGGCGGGAUCAGAUCGUACGGCGCCGACGCCGAGCGAGCCACCGCCGCGGCGGGGAGUCUCCAGAACCUAAUCGAAGAAUGGGAGAGCGGGAAAAGAGGCGAGAGAUGCAAUAAAAGCAAGGCGGGGAGUGUUGGGAUCGUGGUGAGAGAUCCGUUGAAACCGCCGCCGAAGACGAAGCUGGUGGCGAAGAACGGGAAGCUGGAGGUGCAGGAAGAGGAAACGGCUGUGGGGCCGAACGGGACGGAGUUUGUUAUAGCGGCUGCGGAAUCGCCGGAGCUGGAGGAAUCGGUGCUGGUGAUCGGGAAAGUGUUGGAAGGAAUGGGAGUUGUGGAGAAGAUGAGUCAAGUGAAGACGGUGAGGGAUAAUACAGGAUCUCCUUAUUUCAGGGUGGCUAAAGUGAUCGGAGAUAAGAGAGCCGUGGUGGCGGAGAGAGGGUUUAAUCGGCCUUAUUCAAAAGUUUUAGUCACCAAUUGUGGUCUCAUGGAAGAAGAGUCACAAUCGCUAUGA